UCCUUACAGCACCAACUGGGCUGUCCCCUUUCGCUGUUGUGUAAACUCAUCCUUGCGCACUGGAAGCAGCGUCUUCUGGAUCCUCCUCCCUCCUCCUCAAGACACCGUUUGUUGGACGAAGUUGUAUUCUCCGGGCCUGUUCGGAAGUGCUGUGCUCUCCUUACUGAGGUCUACUCCACCCUCAUUACAUUGGGAGUGAGCCCCACCAAAUGGUUGUUUCGCCUUUCUUCAUCUACGACCGGUCAGCGUCUCACAGCUAUCUGUCUCGCCGCCCUGGGUCAGUUAAUGCAGACCCUGCAAGGUCUGCUUCUGGAGCACGGCGACGAUGCCUUCCAAUCCUUCACGGAUCGCGUGCCCGCCUUCUUCUGUGUUAUUUCCAACCUCUCACGAUGGUGCAGGCACUCAUCGCAGCCGAUGGAAGGGGGGAACACCUCGAUGGCGCUAUCGGCGGCCUGUCUUCUACACCCAAAGCUUGUGGAAGAGUUGAACGACUUUGAUAGCAGCAUGGCCGCGCCUGUUCCCUCCUGCCCUACUCUCGAUGAAGCAACGCGACGUGAUCUCAUUUACCGUCUGUUCCGUCUUGGAGCCCUCAACUUUGAAGGUGUCCAAUUAAAGACUGGUGAAAUCUCACCCGUCUACUUUGACAUUCGUCUGACCAUGUCAGAUCCCGCUCUCCUGGUAAAUUCCAUUAGUUAUUGGACUAAAUACCACUGA